AUGAUUCAACCAAGCCUGUUCAUGGAGGCAAAGAACGCGACCAAAGAACAAGAGAUCAAAAGGAGAAUUACACUCGGAUGGCAGGCCUUUGGCAAAGCGAGCGCAAUCUUCAAAAACAAAGAAUUUCCAUUGGUCCUAAAACGACAAGUUUAUGAUCAAUGCAUCACACCCACGAUCACCUACGGGUCUGAAACUAGGAAUCUCACGAAAAAACAACUCCUCAAGCUUAGAUCCAUGCAAAGAGCACACAAGAGAAUUAUGCUCGGCGUCACAUGGCGCGACCACAUACCAUCUGCGCAAAUCCGCGAGCAAACUAAAAUCAGAGAUAUCCUCUAA